CAUUGUGGCGCACGCCUUUAAGAAGCAGGGGCAGCCGGAUCUGUGAAUUCUGAGCCAGCCUGAUCUACAAAAUCAGUUCCAGGCCAGCCAGGACUACCUAGUGAGACCUUGUCUCAAAUGAAAGAUGGACUUUCAGUGUUGUUGGUUUUUGCAUUCAGAAACCCACUCUGGGAGUCUUGGAGCCACUAUUUUUAAGGCGUCGUUUCUUCCGUUAUUCUUGGCCCUAAAACAGAAGCGGGGCUCAACAGUUGCAACCCCAAACAACUGCUGAGGCGCGGGACACACCCGCAGGGCCCGGAUGCCUCUGGGGAGGUGGGGGGAAACGAGCCUUGGUCCCCAUGCUGGCGGCCACCUUUGCAGCCCUCGUCACCUUCCGCUGCCCAGGCGCCCGGCAUCAGCGAGGCCUGCCGGGGCCCCGCGGAGCUGCGGCCGGCUCGGGUCAUCACCCGUGCGUGUCCACCGUCCCCGGGGCGGGGGAGAGGCAGGCCUGCACCCGCGGGGAGCCGGCCACGCUCCGCCCUCCCCCGGCCUCGCCUCCCGCGACCCGUGACAGCUGCCAGUCCUCGUCAGGAGCAGCGGCGGAGCGAGGGGCCAAUGACUGCGGCGCGGGCGAGGGGCGUGAGGACGCCUGCACGGGCUGUGCGCGUCCCGGCCAGGCCCCGCCCCGCCGCGCCCCGCCCCGCCCCGCCGCGCGCGGAGCCCUCGCCCCGCACCGGGCCGCUGAAAUUGUUCCGCUGCGGACAUCGAGCCGGGUCUGCCACAAUGCUGCUGCGGCUGUACAGGACGGUGGUGGUGGGGCUUCCACGGGCCCUCAGGCUGCUCAGGAGUCACCACGGAUGUACACUAAGGAGGAAGUGAGGUCCCACAACAGCCCCGAAACUCGAGUCUGGGUAACUCUAGGCUCUGAGGUCUUCGAUGUCACAGAAUUUGUGGACCUACACCCAGGAGGGGCAUCAAAACUGAUCCUGGCAGCAGGGGGUCCCCUAGAGCCCUUCUGGUCCCUCUAUGCUUUCCACAACCAGCCCCAUAUACGUGAGUUACUGGCCGAGUAUAAGAUUGGGGAACUGAACCCUGAGGAUGAGGUGUCACCCCCCACCUUGGAGGCCUCUGACCCUUACGCUGAUGAUCCUGUCCGCCAUCCAGCCCUGAGGAUUAACAGCCAGCGCCCCUUUAAUGCAGAGCCUCCUCCUGAACUGCUGACGGAAAACUACAUCACGCCAAACCCUAUUUUUUUCACCCGGAACCAUCUGCCUGUACCCAGUGUGGACCCAGACACCUAUCGCUUGCACGUAGUAGGGGCGCCUGGAGGUCAGUCGCUGUCCCUGUCCUUGGAUGAUUUGUAUAAGUUUCCUAAGCAUGAAAUCACCGUCACUCUGCAGUGUGCUGGCAACCGGCGCUCUGAGAUGAGCAAGGUUAAGGAAGUGAAAGGCCUGGAGUGGAGGACUGGAGCCAUCAGCACCGCCCGCUGGGCUGGGGCACGGCUCUGCGACGUGUUAGCCCAGGCUGGCCACCGAGUCCGUGAGACCGAGGCCCACGUCUGUUUCGAGGGACUUGACUCAGACCCCACGGGGACUGCCUACGGAGCAUCUAUUCCUCUGGCCCGGGCCAUGGAUCCUGAAGCCGAGGUCCUCCUGGCGUAUGAAAUGAAUGGUCAGCCCCUGCCUCGUGACCACGGUUUCCCUGUACGGGUGGUGGUUCCCGGCGUGGUGGGUGCCCGCAACGUCAAGUGGCUGGCCAAAGUGAGCGUGGAGUCGGAGGAAAGCCACAGCCACUGGCAGAGGCGGGAUUACAAAGGCUUCUCUCCGUCCGUGGACUGGGACACGGUCGACUUUGAUCUGGCCCCAUCAAUCCAGGAACUGCCUGUCCAGUCGGCCAUCACGCAGCCUCGAGAUGGGGCGACUGUAGAGUCGGGAGAGGUGACGAUCAAGGGCUAUGCAUGGAGCGGUGGUGGCAGGGCCGUGAUUCGAGUGGAUGUGUCCAUAGAUGGCGGACUCACCUGGCAGGAAGCUGAGCUGGAGGGAGAGGAACAACGUCCCAGGAAGGCCUGGGCCUGGCGGAUAUGGCAGUUGAAAGCUCAGGUGCCCGCAGAGCAAAAGGAGCUGAACAUCGUUUGUAAAGCUGUGGAUGACAGUUACAACGUGCAGCCGGACACCGUGGCCCCCAUCUGGAACCUGCGAGGCGUACUCAGCAAUGCCUGGCACCGUGUCCACGUUCGCGUGGUUCCGUAAAGGCGUGGAACAGAGCCAUCUGUACCCAAAGAACCACCCAGACUUCCCAGCCCAUCCCUGAUCCUCGUUGCCAUGGGGAAGCGUCUCCGUCCUCUUCUUGGGCCCUGACCCUGUAUUCACCGUGUCGUUCUUGAACUGCACCCAGGCACACACGUUGCACAUCUCCACACAGGAACGUGGACUCUCCUGGCCUCCGACUCUGCCGGGAGAGAGCGGUUGGAGAGUCUGGAGGUUGAGAAAGCAGUUCUGAAGACAUGGCUUUCUCCUCCUACCGCACCUCCACUUCUAACGCCUCCCCACCCGGGGCCUUCUUUUCGCAUCGCUCAGAUGCUCCAGCCAAAUGUGUGUAGAAUGUGUAAGAACCAUACAUUACCGUUUCCUACCGCCUGUGGGAAGCAAGGGGCUUCCCUCUUAGAGCUCUACUUAAAAAAUAUAUAUAUACACCAA